GCGCGCGGUCCCGGGCCGGCAGAGCGGUCUCUCCUCGUCUGCCCUCCCCCGGCGGGCGGUAGCAGCGGCCCGCCCGCUAUGGCCGCCGGCCCGCCGUGAGUCGCUGCGCGCGGCGCCAUGGGACCGGAUCCGGGCUGGGCCGCGCUGGUGCUGCUCUUCGCCGCCUCGCUGCUCACCGUCGCGGCCUGGCUGCUUCAGUACUGGCGGUCGGCGCCCCUGCGGGCGCCGCGGCGUAGCGGGGCGGCGGCGGAGGAGGCCGGGGCGCGAGCGCUGCUCGCCGCGCUUUUCGCCCUUCGGUCCCUGCGUGAGCAGUGGCAGCGGGCUUGGGUGCGAGCCCUUAACAGCCAGGCGCGCCGGCACGGGAGUUCAGUGCAGAUCACGUUUGAAGAGGGUCCUCAGCUACCACAAGUUGCAAACAUAGGUUGUGUGAUGUGCAAGGAGCAGUCAGACCACAGCAUGAUGUUGUCUUGCCGUGUGUCUGCUGAAGCUGUGAAAUUCCCUGUCUCUGUUACUCAACAGUCCCCAGCUGCUGUUUCUGUGGACACCUAUCAAGUCAGUUUGGCUGUGCUGCACGCUCAGGUGGAGAUCCACUUGAAGGAGGUCCAGAAUGAAGGUCUCCUGGUAUCAUGGAUGUUCAAGGACAGACCAGACUUGAACCUUUUUGUCCUUCCGAGAUUUCAACUUCGUGAGAAUGAAGGGCGAGUGGAUCUGUCCACCAUCAAGGAUCUGAUUGAGGAUGCCAUAGUCAGUACACAGCCAGCCAUGAUAGUGAAUCUGAAGGCCUGCAUCACUGGAGAUAGUGUGGAAUCCAGCCAUAAGGUGGUUCGUGAGUCCCCAUAUGGUACAGCAGCUGCCCCUCUGGGUUCUAAGCUGUUGCUUCGAAAUCUUCGAGUGCUGAACUUGGGCUGCCAGGGGAAGAGAGGAGUUUGGGAGAUAAGCUGCAUGGCAGAGCUGGACAGCCCCCCACAGCAGAAGCGGACAAGGGCGGUGACAGCUGGCAGUGCCACUGCUGCAGCAGAGAUGGAGUGGAAUGAGGAGCUCUUCCUGGAGCUGGGACCUAGAAGUAAAGAACUGAAGCUACAGGUGCUGGGGAGCAGUGACGGAGCAGGAAGUGUGGUGCUGGCACAUGCCAAACUACUGCUUGAUUCUUUGGGCAAACAGCGAUCUGGGAGACAAGUCUUCUCGCUGGCCCCAGGAACUGGGUGGUCACUGGCAGCUGAAGCUACCAUUGUAUUGGAGCUGCUGUUCCAGGAGUCUUCUGCAUCUCUGAAUGCUCAGCACACUGCAUCUCUGCGAACCAGCGUCACCCCCACGAAGAAGGUGGAGAUGGACCGGACCAUCAUGCCUGAUGGCACCGUUGUGACUACUGUCACCACCAUUCAGUCCCGGCCCAAGGCAGACUGCAAACUUGAUUCACCGUCGAGGUCACCUUCCAAGGUGGAAGUGACUGAAAAAAAGACAACAGUGCUUUUGGAAAGCGACUGCCCUCAUAGCCCCUUGGCCAGUGGUACCCGGGAUAGCCACAUGCCCAAUGGCUUGGAUCCGGUGGCUGAGACGGCGAUCAGGCAGCUAACCGAGACGAAUAACAAGCCUGCCAAGAAGACCCCAACUAAACGUAGCACACUGAUCAUCUCGGGAGUUUCCAAGGUACCUAUUGCUCAAGAUGAAAUGGCACUUUCUCUGGGUUAUGCUGCAUCCCUGGAGGGCCCGGUGUACAGGGAUUCUGUGGCAGAAGUCCCAGCUGACCGGAUGCACGAUUCUACAGAAUCGUCACGACUUCUGGAAGUGUCACCAUCAGGACAGAAGGCCGGUCAGGAGCUGGAUGAGACAACGCGAUCAGACAUCUCUGAGAGACCAUCCGUGGAAGAUGUUGAGUCCGAGACUGGCUCUAUAGGAGCCCUUGAGACCAGGAGCUUGAAAGAUCACAAAGUUAGCUUUCUUCGGAGUGGUACCAAACUCAUCUUCCGAAGAAGGAGCAAACAGAAGGAAGUGGGCCUGAGUCACUCACACGAUGACUUGUCCAAUGUCACCACCAAUUCUGCUGCUAGGAAGAAAGCUGGCAGCUUUUCUCACCGUCUCAUCAAGCGCUUCUCCUUCAAGUCUAAAUCCAAACCCAAAGGUAGUGACAGCAAAACAGCAGGUGAGAACUGAAGGAGGGAGUAACCCAUCAGAAGUCUUUUCUAGUCUCUUGUCUUCCUGGUAUCUGUGAGCUGCAGUCCAGUUACUUCCAACUUUGGCUGGGGGAAGACACCCUGGUGCUUUACACCAUUUGGGGAGUGGAGGUGGCAAACCCAGCACAUAAGGCUCAUUGUCUGCCUCGGCUUAGCCUUCUCUGACUGCCAUACCCCAAUGUGCUCUCCCAGAAAAUCCAGGUGGCUCGCUAAUACCCACGGGUGUUGCAGGAGCUGCAGAAGCAACUAUGCCUGCGUAGCUCUCUGGCAUCGUCUGGAAAGGCUGGGAGGAGGGGGUUGCCUUUCAAGUGACAUCCCUUAGAGUUAAAGAUGGAGAAAAUACCAACUUACCUACAUUCAUGAGAAAUGUAGUAUGUAACCGCAUCUGGCUCUUUCAGCGAGAGAGAACGACGUGGUUGCCGGUUGUCUAAAUGGUCUCAUGGCUUCUGCUUGGUGCAGAGGCCGUAACCUGACUAAGGUGUGGUGCAGGGUGAUGCGUUCCUAGACUGUGAGCUUUCAGAAGAGCAAGCUGCGGUUCUCCACCCAGUUCUGCUGUUGGAACAGUCUCUGGUUCAGGCAGUGCUGGGGAAUGCCUGCUUUCUGUGCUAUGCUGGAUGAAGAAAGAAGUCUAAGGAAAAGAAAGUUUUUAAGCACUGGGUGAGAUUUUGUAGAAGCCGGGCCCUUGUGAAAAGGUUCGGUCGCUGCCACCAUGUGACGCAGCCCUUUCUCCCCUGUUCUGGAAGGGGGUUUGCUGCACGCACACCACUGUGUGAAUGGAACCCUUUCCCUCAGGGGCAGUUGGGGUGUUGUCAGCAGGGCACUAGGCCAGUCUUUCAGUCUUGCAGAGCUCCUGACUUGCGUUCUCGUGGUUCUUGUGCUGAGGACUUGCACCUCACUUGGGGUGGAUGACAACAUAGUGAUGGUAGUAAAAGAGCAGUCUAAUGCAGAGCCUGAGGCCACAUGGCAGAAGGAGGUGAGAAUUUGCAUGUUUUUACUGACGAAAGAGUUUCCUAUAGUAGAAGGAGCCUUUCUUUAUUGCAUCUGAUAUUUUCUUUCUUCUAGCAAACCUGAUACACCAUGUUCCAGCAGCUGGCAUUUCUGCAGCAGGUGUUGGUGGAGGGAGAGAUAUGCGGGAGAAAAUGAACUCCUCACAUGGGAGGAGACUGCCCUUCUAGACAAGCGGUUUUCUGGGUGCACAUUGCAAAGGUUCUCAGAGGCCCUGUUCAGCUAGGAUGGCAAAGCUCUUUCAUGUCCUAUCGAUGUGCUGGGUUUGAAUGGAAGCUUCUGCUAUCCUGUGGGUUGCAGAGAUAAGGAGAUGGGGCAAAGGAGAAAAAACCUCACUGAAGAGUGAUCAUGUAGGCCUGACUAGAUUCACUAGAUUUGCACUAUAAGUGUGAACUAGAUUCACACACUUUCCUGUUGCAGUACCUCCUGAAGUGGGAGCUGUUGCCUGGCCUUAUGCAGGAUGUGACCAACUGAAAAAGCAGUUGUUUGAUGAUGCACAUAAAAGAACAUGUCAUGUUUUUAGAAGGACAUAUCUGGCUUACUGAUAAGGGAUGUCGCAUGCCAUUUCCAAAUCUUCAGUAUGCCACUGCAAAAGGAUUCCCAGGUGGGAAUCUCAGUGCAUCUCCUGAAAGCAUUUGGAGAUAGGGAAGGCCAAAGUUGCCCAAAGCUUGGAUCAAAAUUGUUGGUGUGUGCCAACAGGAAGGACACAUUCCUAUUUUUCCUGCCAAUUUGUGAUGAGGUUGGGCAUGCGUGAGAAAUCAGACUGUUCCAGCUGACUGACCAGGAACCUCUUCUCAAUCUGUUUUAGUCAGGGAGUCUUUCUGUCAUACUCGCUCUUUCAUGGUUUUUAGCCUGUUUCUUUCCUGGUCAACAUGGUAGUGUGGCAUUGUUUGCAGCCCUGUGCACUAUGGAUGUUGGAGCGCUCGCUUUUCCUCAAUGCGAGCAACCAGUUUCUGCUGCAGCACCGGUGGAAGUUGACAAUUUGCAGCUUGCCUCUAGUGAUCCAGCCACCUGUUUGAAGCAGCCUUCCUUUGCCUGGUUGGUGCGACGUCACACGGUGCUGUCCUUUGUAAACUCGUCCUUGUCCCUUUAGCCCUGAGGCUUGGUUCCAGUUUGGCAUUCCCUCUUGCACCGUCCCUGCUAUGAAUCUGCCUCUGUUGCUAACAGUACCUGACGCUCCAUUUUUGGGUUUUGUUUAUUGUUUUUCAAUACUGCAUCAAGGUUGCUUAGAAUAGGAAGUGCUGGCUGAGCCUUAAUCUCAGAGAGAAAGAGAAGGUCACGUGGUCUUUGACCUCCAGAUACUGUAAAGAUGGAGUCCCGGAGAGUUCCCCUCCAUAGAACGGUUGUUUAAAGAAAUCUCUUUUGUAUUUAAUGCCUGCUUGUACUUCUGGCUUUAUGACAGAAAAAAAUGCUAUUCAAAAUCUGCUUUUUCCUCUUCAACUUCUGGAUACCCACACCCUCAUCUUCAUGUUCUUGUGGGCUCUGUGGCAUUUUGUAACACCCAGGAUCAUGAAGCAAUCCUGGCAGGCAGUGCAGGCCACCAUCUGCCUUUUUAGACUUGAACGAUCUGCAGUUGCCAUGUUGCUCUCUCAGAGUAGGCUCAGUACUUGCACCUUAUGUAAUCGGUCCUUGAUCGAAUAUGUGGGGGGGAAGAGGAGUGGCAGAAGGGCAGGCUUGAAUGCAGAGAUGCUUCUGAAGAACACCACCAAUCUGCUUUGGAGGACGUGUUCCAAAUGCUGUAUGUCACUGCUCGCUAAGCAAGUAGAAACGGUGACGUGUUCCAAAUGCUGUAUGUCACUGCUCGCUAAGCAAGUAGAAACGGUGACUGGUAAAUGAAGCCAAAGUGUAUGUUUUAGAUUAUGGCUUUUUUUGUUUUGUUUUUUGUCUUUGGUUGGGUUUUUCUUGGGUUCGUUUGUUUGUUUGUUUGUGGGGUUUUUUUUACUGAUUUUUUCUGAACAGAGCUACACAGCUUUCCUCUGCUAUUUUUACUUCUCUGAAGACAAUAGGUUUCUCUAGCUGUAAGUAUGUUUGUAAGUAUGUUUCUGUUUGGAUACAUCCUCUCCCUAUGUUUUGGUAAGGCUUUUAAGAGCCUCCCUGUCAAAAAAGCCCUCGGCGUCAGCCCACAAGAGGUAUCCUCUUCAGGCGAGAAAAAACAGGCACAGGAAGAAACGGGGAACCGCACAACCUCUGUUAUGGACAUAGCAGAGUUUUUAGUAUGAUGUAUGUCUGACUGAGGACUGGUACUUGGAGAGGGUACUCAAAGGUCACAUAUGUGAGGGCAGAGGGAAUCACAUGCAUGCAUAUGUGUUAGCACACACUUAGAAUUACGAGCAUGCUCAGCAUAUGUCUGUACUGAUCAUGCUGCAGAGUGACCAAGAACAACAGGGAGGAUUGGUGGGACGGGAAAAUGGCCUUACCUGCUUCUGUGGCAUCUGUAAAGUAUUUCCUAUGCAGACCUCCACAGGGACAGAUUUCCGCAAACAAGUCCAACUUGUGUCCCUGCCAAGCACCCUCACGCUGCUUACAUAGUUGAGGAUAGGUGCUUAGGGAGAUUGGCUGAAGUGGGGGAGAGUUAGGGGACGCUACUGCUUGGGUAGAGAGAGAGUCAGAAAACAUGACAGGAGAGAGGAGCAUAAUGAACUUUUUUGCACAGCAAAGCAUAUGCUUACAAACGUUUUAGGUCCGCUUUUUUGUCUUUAGCGACGCCGCUUCCUUCCUCUAGGUUCACUGUUUGGUAAACCUACAGAGUUUUAAUUUCUGUGUAGCUGGCAGGAUUCUUGAAUGUUGGGUAGUUAACAUUUGCAUAUUUAGUUCUCCCCUCCUGCCCCCUUCGUUCUGCCCCAUGAUCCACCCUCAGGUCACCGCAAGUGUCAUGGUAGAGUAACAAUUCCAGUGACGGUCAAAUUUCUGGAAAAGGUCUUUGUGUACUUACGAUAUCACAGCUCCUUCUACAAGCAUGACUCCUCCACACUACUGUUCCUUGCUCAUACAGGAGCAAACACCCAUGCGGAAUUUGAAUUGGCACCCUUCUUUGUGCGUGCUCUUUUGUACUUUGACACCUCCUCUCUGGGUGAAUUAUUUUAACCCCAGACUGUUUAGAGGCAAAAAAAUAGGAACUGUGUAUCUAUUGAUGAGAUGAGAAUAAAAUUACUUUAUUUUGACUUGAUGAAUGAAGAUCUUGCACCAUUCUAAAUGUUGAAGAAGAAUUUCAUUGCUGUGUAAUGGCUGAACCUGUUAACUUAUUAAACCACAUGGAAAUCAAAACCUGAA